AUGGCGGAUGCAAAUAUUCAUCCAUCCGUCAUUUUAAUUCGUGAUCGUUUACAUGAUAUAUUUCCUGAAAUAGAAAUUCCUCUUGAUUUUAUUGGAUGGCAUAUUCGACAAUCAACAUCAAUUGAAGCUAUAUGUUCACAUUUUGUUUCUGAAAUAUUAUCAUUUGGUCAAGUAACCGAUCCAAGACAAACUACAAAUGAUAUUCAAGAACAAAUAAUUUCAUCUAGUAGUUGUACACCUAAACAAACAACAAUUAAUGAUGAUACACUUAAAACACUUUAUGAUGUAUUUAAUACAAUUCCACAUGAUUAUAUUGAAAAUAUUUAUAUUCAAUUUAAAAAUAGUAAUAAUCCAAAUUGGUAUGAUGAUAUUGUUAAUGAAUUACUUUCAUAUAAUCUUAUAAAACCUUCAAUAAAUAAACGAUCAUAUGAUGAUAUGAUUAUUGAUGAUAUAAUAUUUAUACCUGAUGAAUAUAAUCGUUUACUUGCUAUAUUACCUGAUAUUGAUCCUGAUUAUGCAUUAGAAUGUUAUAUGAGAUAUCGUGAAACAUCAUCAGAUAAAACAGAUUUAAAUAUAUUAAUAACAAGUCUUAUUGAAAAUGGUUAUAUUAAAUUAAUUGAUAAAUUAGAACGUUUACAUAAUGAAAGAUUAAAAGAAAAUUUACGUGAACCAAAAUUUGAAAUAAAUGAAUUUCUUAAAACAUUUCCUAAUCCACUUGAAUAUUUUUAUGAUCGUACAAAAAAUCUAUCAGAAUCAUAUAAAAAACAUGCAUAUAUUUAUUUAGCUAAUGCAUUUGCACGUGUAUCAAUUGAUUAUAUAAAACAAAUAUUAUCAAAUAAUAAUUAUCGUUUUGCACCAUCAAUAAAACAAUUACAAGAAGAAUUUCAAACAUAUCAUAUUAAUCAAAAUAAACAAGGAAAAAAAUCAAAUGAUGCUGUUCUUAAACGACUUAAUCAUAGAGCUCGUGCUCCAAUUUCAAUUCCUGAUAUACCAGAUGAAAUUUUUUAUAAAGAAUUAUGUUAUGUCAAACAUGAGGAUGAAAUUAUAGAAAUCAUUAUGUCAUCUAAAGACAUUGAUACUGCAAGUGUUAAUGAUUUUGAUCCUAAUCGUGCAUUAGGUUUAUGGCAUAUACUUGCAACAAAUCUUGAUAUGUGGAAAGAUAAAUUAACACCAACAAUAACAUAUUCUAUUCAUGAUCAAUUACCUGAUGGACGUCUUCGUUUAAAUGAUCUUGUUGAAUAUUAUACUCGACGACCAUUUAGAGGUUUUGUACCAACAGAUAUUCGUGGUAUUGAUACACAAUCAAUAUCUAAAUCAAGUCGUUUUCAAUGGCGAGGAAAUGGUUUAUUAAAAUUAUUUACAAGUGAAUUUGGUAUUAUUUUUGUUGAUAAUGAAACUCCUAUUGAUCAACCUUAUCAAUGGAUAGGAACAAUGUUUAGUUCAACAUUAUUUACAAAUGCUGGAGUUGAUUUAAUGACACGUACACAAUAUUUAACACGAAAACAAGAAUUUCGUGAUGAACAAAUUCGUAUUGCAACAGAAAAUGGUACAUUACAAACAUGUGAUUGUUGUUGUGAUGAUCAAUUACUUGAUGAUGAUAUGAUUAGUUGUGAUAAUAAUCAUCGAUUUUGUCAAACAUGUAUACGAAAUUAUAUUGAAAAUGGUUUUAUAUCAAAUGGUGAAUGUUUUUUUACAUGUUUAAAUUCAACAUGUAAAUAUGAAUAUUCAACAUCAUUAAUGAAUCAUUUACUUUCACCAACACUUCUUUCUCGAUUACUUAUUAAAAUUCAACAAGAAGAAUUACGUCUAGCAAAUAUUCCUAAUUUUGAACAAUGCAAAUAUUGUACAUUUGGAACAAUUAUCGAUGAUCCUAAUGAACGUGUAUUUCGAUGUUUAAAUCAAGAAUGUUUAAAAGAAACAUGUCGUGCUUGUGGUGAACCAAAUCAUAUACCAUUACGAUGUGAUGAAGUUGAAAAAAAAGAUGAAUUAGAUAUGAGAACAUUUAUUGAAAAUCGUGUUUCAGAAGCAAUGAUUCGAGUUUGUUAUAAAUGUAAACAACGAUUUUAUAAACUUGAAGGUUGUAAUAAAAUGACAUGUGCUUGUGGUGCAUCAAUGUGUUAUAUUUGUCGUCAACCUAUUCAUGGUUAUGAACAUUUUAAUAAUAAUGAAAAAUGUGGAGCUAAUACAGAUGUUGUCAAAUUACAUCAAGAAGAAAUGCAUUUAGCUUAUGAAGAAGCGAAAAAAGUUUAUAUUGAACGACAUCCUGAAACAAGAGAUUUAGUACUUAAAUAUGAUCCACAACAGCAUCUUGCUGGAUCUAAACCAAAAAAUACAUCAAAAAGAAAGCGUGGUAGACAUCGAUAUGAAUAA